AUGGGGGACAGACGGGGACUACUCCGAGUGCCACCGCGGAUACCUCAACACCGUCCCGCUCGUGCUCGAGGUCCUCCCCGCGGACUCACCCCACGUCGGCGCGAUCCUCAAGUUCAUACGCGUUUCCGAACACCGCCGAUCUUCCUACGGCCUGCGGAGCUUGGCCACGUCGACGUCGGAUCCCUUGUUCAACGGUUCGAUCCGGGUGCAGAUGACUAUCUCGUUCUGCGCGCGCUCCAUACCACAUACGCUGCGGAGGAGGCUCUUUACCCGGUGGAAGCUGAGGCUAUCUACGAUGAGUUCAGCGAGGAUAUUAUGAAGAAUGUGUAUAAGGAGUAUGAGCGGACGGGGUACAUUUGA